UAAACUUAUUAAAUAGAUACCCGUGACUCUUACGAAAUGGCUCCUUCAAGCUUUGCCGAUUUAGGAAAAGAUGUCAGAGACCUGUUUUCUAAAGGAUUUCACAGUGGAGUUGUGAAGCUGGAUGUAAAGACAGUAGCCGACAACAAGGUCGAGUUCAAGAUUAGUGGCACUCAUGCAAAUGACUCGGGUAAAACUGACGGCAAAGUAGAGGGCAAGUACAAGUGCAAAGAGUACGGCGCAACUUUGACGGAAACUUGGGACACAAAAAACACAGUCGGAUGCAAAGUGGAAGUGGAAGAUAAAGUUUUACAAGGUUUGAAGGUGGUUCUCGAUUCCAGCUUCAACACUGGAAGUGGCGCAAAAGACGGCUCACUGAAAACAGUUUUCAAGAACAAAUUCUUCAAUGGUGAACUAGAAUCAGGCCUGCAUUUCAAAGCGCCGCUGAUUAAGACUGCCGCCGUCAUUGGAUGUCCUGCAGUCGGCUAUGAGGGCUGGAUGUUGGGAGGUCUGGUGCAUGUGGACAGUGGGAAGAGUGCCCUGGUUAAGAGUGAACUGGCUCUGGGCUAUGUCACCCCCAGUCUGAAAUUGCUGGCUUCUCUCAAGGAGAUGAGCGAAUUCGGAGCAUCCGUCUACAACAAGGUGAACCCUACCACGGAGAUUGGGGUGAGUCUAGGAUGGACUGCGGGCACUACCUUCACUAAGUUCGGCCUGGCUGCCAAGCACAAGAUAGACAAGACGAGUCACGUGAACGGAGCAGUGGACAACAGCAGCAACCUAAAACUCGCUUACACUAACGAAGUAUCUCCUGGAGUGAAACUUACUUUCUCCGGAGUACUUGACACUAAAGCCAUCAGUGGGGGAGACCACAAAAUAGGGUUCGGAGUGGACAUGGAUUACUCUUAGAAGAGCAAUGAAGACACCUGAGAAUUGUACCAACUUUUGCUACCAGAGAAAAUAAAACAGUUGUUGAGGAACUUCUCUUUAAAGUGCCACAAAUUAGUUGCACUUAAUCCUAUGCAGAAGCAUACUCCCUUAAUGUCAUGACAUGAAUUAACUAAUACAAUAUUCAAGCGGAUAUAUACACUUGCUAUGAGAACAGAUUUGAGCUGUGAUGGAUAGUUAAGUUGCUGACUUUUUGAAACAGUGGAUUUUGUUUAUAAAGAUCUCUUGUCUGAAGGAAUAUAAAUCUAUUUGAACUUGCCUGGUUAACAUUAUUAAUGACUGCAGCGAAUUAAUUAACUGAUUAUAAAGAGCCAAA